GGAAACACACACUCAUCACAGUCAGUCAGCGCGAGCACACACACUCAGACGAAGAUAUCAUAGACCAUGGCUGCUACACUGCUCGGGGAGGAGCCCCGGCUCGGCAGUGCGCCGCUGGCAAUGUUGGCCGCCACCUGCAGCAGGAUCGGUGAGCCCAGCCCCUCGUGCUCCCCUGCUCUCUCCGAUGGAGCCCCAGGAUUCGUGAAGGGCUUUCAUCCGUGGAAGAGAGGGGCGCCUGGACACAGCAGCCUCGGUGCAUGCUUCACUUCCCUCGGGGUUCCCCCAACAUCCAGGAGUAACGGGACCGGACUGACGGAGAACACCAGCGCAUUCUCAGUGACCAACUCUGCUUUUGGGAAUGAUUAUUCAAUGUACCAAACCUGUGUGCCAUCAGAAAACACUGUUACUGAUCCUUCACACGUACAGAGAUCCAUGUAUCUGGCCAAAUUCCCCUCCUCGGUGGAGAGCAUAACAGGGAUGUAUCCCAGGAUGCACACACAUCCCUACGAGUCAUGGUUCAAACCAGUGGCAGAAGUCAGUAAUGGGUCUGCUGCUUGGUGGGACAUGGGAACCAGCUGGGUGGACACACAGAGCACAGCCGGGUUACCCUCUCCUCUGAGCGGCUACAGCACUGAAUACAGCUCCGCUUUCGGUCCCGGGGCCUCUCAGCACCUGCACCCCGCCACACAGCACCUGUUUGACGGAUUCAGGCCACCCGUCCCGACCCCCUACACUGAGUCAACGACGACAGGAACUCCCGUCGUUUCUCUGCCCGCAUCUUCCCGCUCCUCCUCAAGGCGUUACUCAGGCAGAGCCACGUGCGACUGCCCGAACUGCCAAGAGGCAGAGAGCCUGGGCCAGGGCGGCACAAGCCCGCGGCGAAGGGGCCUCCACAGCUGCCAUAUCCCGGGUUGUGGCAAAGUUUACGGCAAGACGUCUCACCUGAAGGCUCACCUGCGCUGGCACACCGGGGAGAGGCCUUUUGUCUGCAAUUGGCUGUUCUGCGGGAAACGCUUUACGCGCUCGGAUGAGCUCCAGCGGCAUUUGCGUACACAUACCGGGGAAAAGCGCUUCGAGUGCUCCACGUGCCACAAACGGUUCAUGCGCUCAGACCACCUCGCCAAGCACGUGAGGACGCACAGCGCAGAUGGCUCAGAGGAUGGCGCGGAACCGGGACUCGGUAAAGGCAGCAGCGACACGGACAAUAGCCUCUCCGGGAGCCCAAACCAGUCUCCCGGGCUUCACGUCCCAGCCACCGAGGGACAGUCACAGUGUGCUGUGGAAUAAUUUACAAAACUUAGCAGGAACAAAAGCAACGCGUGGGCAUUUUGAUCAUUGGCGGUUCUAGAGGGGUAACACUGUUGCUUGGACCCCCCUGUGGCCCCCCUCCAAAAGACUAAAUCUAUGAUAAUGCAAUUUGUGAAAGUGUUACAGCCAAUACUGUGCUGUAACCUGGUGCAGGAAUGGGUUUUUUUCAGUAAUGUAAUUAAAUAUAUUGAAACUAAGUUACUGAAACUAAUUAUGUUACUAAAACAAAUACCAACAUAUAUUAAGAUAUCAAAUGAAAACAACGUUUGGCUGCAUGAAUAACGUAUUAAUUACCGCAAAAUGCAUUACGGGUAAUGGUAAAGUAAAUAACUAAACAAAAACACAAAUCCUGUUAUUGAAACAAAAAAUAAUAAUUCUAUUUUAUGUUUCCUUGUGCUCUAUGAUUUCAUACUGAACUAAAAAACUCCUUCAGUAACUGGCCCCAUCACCGCCCCCCAGUACUUGGUCUAGAACCGCCAUUGGAUUUGAUUACACUGUACCAGCCUGUAUGGAGUGUGUUUUCUCGAACACUUAAAAAACAGAAAUGGCACUUUACGAUGAACUUCAGCUGUGGAUAAACACUGUGUCCUUACCUCAUCUUAUAUGUAGCCUUCUUUAAUAACACAUUUGUACUCUACAGUUUUGUUCUGAAUUGUGUUAUUUGAUUACAUGUUAUGCAGCUAAUUUAUUCUACAAAAAACCUUUUUGUUUAGAAUUUAACUGUUACAUCAUUAUAUGGGUUAUUUUUUUGACAUGAUCGCGCUAAAUUUUAAUUUAUCGAGAUGUUUGUUUAUAACACUAAAUUGUUCUGAUUUAUCUCUGCCUGUAGGUGAUUAUACUUACUCAAUAAAACAGGACA